AUGUCCUGUCCUAUAUCAGAGAUCAUCCAGAAAGAUUUUUUUCAAGAAGCAAAAACUCUCAUUGCUGAACAUUAUCAAAGAAUAAAUGAGAAUAAAAUUCGAGGUCCUUCUAUAAAUAUUUUUAGAAACAAACAUCAAAACCUGAAAUCCAGCAAAUACAUACCUUUAAAGAUUAAAAAAACGGAGUCAUUUGAUGUGGUCCAAGAACACCGGACAGUACUGAGAAGUAUUGGUUUCUCCAAGGAGCUUUCCAAAAGUGAAACUUUAGAGGAGCCCUCCAUACCACAAACUUCUUCCCAGGAGCCACAUGUCUCUAAAAUGAAAGAAAAAUACAAGUGUAUAGAUCUUUUUACAAAAGAACCAGUUAAACUGCAUAAAAUAAUGAUUGAUAUUGAACCCGUGAGUAAAAAAAUGGAGAAAGAAAAGCAACAGCAACCCGGGAAGUCCAGAAUGGUGGAUUCUUUAGAAGCCUUUCCCAUUCUUCCUGGUUUGUCAAUACCACCCAAGAUCUCCUCUUCCACAGGACUUGAGAAAGAUCCUGCAUUGCUCAAGGGUUCUGGCCUCUCCGCAUCCUCACAAACACUUGUUGAAUCUUCCUGUGUUUUAUAUCCUAAUGUGUGUGAAGUACUAAGUCUUCCUGAUCGGAGUUUAUCAGUUCAGAACACAGGUAAUGGGAAAGCUGAGAAUAGUGAAACCUGCAUUGUUAAAAGAAUGCUACUCAUUAUGAAAAGUUUUAAAACUUCUGUGAAAAUAGAGCAAAAACCUAUCAUUCCAGAACCAAAGCCAGGACCCAGGGUAAAAGUUGUUGUUAAAAAAAGUGAUAAAUUGGAAAAUAAAGUUAAAAGAAUUGGACCACACAUAGAAAUCUUCCAGGUAUUCCAAGUAAAAAGCAAACUCUUCAUUACCAAAAACAUCAUUGACAUGGUCACCCUCAUGCAGGCUCAUGUCAGGGGGUGGCUUGAACGCAAGAGAUUUCAAAGACUAAUGUCCAAGGCUUUGUAUCAUGGACCAAAUUUGAAAGAAGUUAUUAACAUGUAUCGGGGAUUAAUCCACCGUGUAAGGUGUCGACUUGGUCUCCGGAGGACAAGACAAAUUAUAAACUUUUCAGAGCUAGAGGAAUGGAUGGACAGAAAAAAAUACUAUGAAACAAAGUUUGCCAAGAGAGAAGAUUGGCAGGGAUUAGAAAGAAGUGAUCUCCUUAAGUACUUUAGAGACUGUGGCCAUUACCCAACCCAGAAGCAGGUUGAUGAGUAUUGGGACUUGUUCAACAAAGAUAAGUCACUAACACAUCCUGAAGUGAUCAAAAGGACCCAGGCAAUUGAACUGUUAUUUAUGCUCUAUCCUCCGAAAGGUGCCCAUGUGGGCAACAAAGGCAGACUAAAGUCAACCUGGCUGAGACCCAUAGUAAAUGGAGAAGAAGGCUAUAAAUAUAUAGUGAAUCGACAUCCAAUACUCAGAAGAACUAACAUCCAGAUUGUUGGAAAAUUGGUGGCCAGAUCGAUAAGAGAAAGGAAAAUGAGAGCAUAUUUUAAAUCACGAGAAGUUUAA